AUGACUACUCCUGAGAAUGCAUACCAGGAAAUUGCGCGAGUCUUCUCUGCCAGAGGCAACCAGGUCCUGGAGAUUGAGAUGAUCUCUUCGGCUCUAGGGACCCCCUUUUUGCAAGAUGGACUGUUCAUUGGAAUUACAAAGAAAAUGCUAGUACAUGCAUAUACAAUCGCGCGAAAGUUGUUUUUCCAGCGCCUAAUGUCAAGGUCUGGAGAUGACUUCCAUGUGGACUACGAAACAAAAGACUCCUGUGGGGUAUCAGAUCGAGUGAUCACAGAAAUCAUGCUGCUCUUUGACUGUGAGCACUUGACAGCAUGUAACUGGCGCAAACGUCGGCUGCUGGCAGCUACUAUACAGUGCGUUAAGGAUAAAGAUCAGAUUGCCUCAACGAGGCAGGCGUUGGAGGAAGAACUGACGCUCUUGACGACCUAUCAAUGCUCACCAUUACACCGACAUACAAAAUCCCCGAAUUUAUGGUCCCAUCGAUUGUGGGUUUUGAGACAGUUGUUUCAGAUUCAGCCUUGGGGUACAGAGGCGCUGUUGAACCUGGAGCGUGCGGAGCUUGAUGGAGUUCUCCGCGCUGCUGAGUUACAUCCUAAGAACUACUAUGCCUUCGGCUAUAUGCGGCAGCUUCAUGCUCUUCUUGCAGAUACUGCAGAAACUGCAGACCGCGCAAGUUGGUCUGUUCAACUGGCUAGGCCCUUAUUGGACCCGGUUCUUGACUGGUGUCUUGCUCAUCCGCGGGACAUAUCGGCCUGGGUCUUUGGGAAGGAUUUGCUGGGUUGUGUUCCAGAACAACAGAUUCGGACGGACACUGUUGGGCGGGUUGUUUGUUUUGCGCGGGACAUUGGCUGGGAAGGCGAGAGUUUGUGGACUUUCGUUGACCAGUCCAUUCGCCAGUUUGACCUGGAAUGUGUACUCGAUGAGAUUCUCCCAUCUGAUACGCCGAAUGUGGAACAACACAUGCCGCCCAAAUGGACAUGGCUGGGCCGGCUGACCAGGGCACAAGCAUAUUGGACCAAGUAUCGGAAUACAACGGUAGACAAAUGA